AUGAUCACCAAUGUCUCCUGUAACAGAUGGUUGAAAUUCUCUUCACCUGCUUGUUCGAAGUUCACACUCGAUUAUUGUCUUCAAAUCAGUGGAGUCGUCGACAUGAUGGCUGAUAACCCUGUCAACGGUAAUAGCUCAUUUUCCUAUUAUCUCUGGAUUCCGGUCGAGUUGACCCUACUGAUGCACUUGA